AUGCUGCUCCAGUCGCUGAUGCCCAUUGGACUGCUAUUUGCGGCGCUCAGCGUGUGUCCGGCGGCAAGGGCGGACAGUCCCGCCCACAACAUACGCAACACUGGAAACUGCCAGUACGCAUCCGCCACCCACUUGGAGCUCAUUUGCACUGGCUUUGUAGGAUACGAUACCUUUGUGCGCUGGCGGGACUUUCGAGCGCCCGAGGGUACGCCCUUUGGCAUUUGGUCCGACGGUAAUGUUUUCAUGGUGUCGUUCUACCAGUCGGACAUGUUCCGCUAUAGGCGCAUCAAACUGUCGACUCUGGGCGUGUUUCUGGCGACGGACAAGAACCAGAAGACCGUAGCCCUGAUCUUCCCCUACGGGACUGUGCACUGUUUCAAGUACGGACUCCGCUACCUCAGCGAUCUGCAGAGCAGUUGCAAGGGAAGCAAGUACGAUCCAAACGAGAUUACGGCGCACCCGGUCCUACACUACGCCCAUGACAGUUUCAAAAGGCAGGCUCUGCUGUCAAAAGGACGGGCCCGUCCCACGGGGCUGAUGAUCGGGCUAUUGGUAAUACUUCUGCUCUCGGAUAACCUCUAA